AGAAUACGGGUGGGAAUACAACCGACGGGGUUUGUGUUGGUAGGAGGAAGAUGGCGGCGUCCAAGGUGAAGCAGGACAUGCCUCCUCCGGGAGGUUAUGCUUCCAUUGAUUACAAGAGAAACCUACCUAAAAGGGGGCUUUCUGGUUACAGUAUGUUCGCCAUUGGGAUUGGAGCGAUGCUGUUCGGCUACUGGAGGCUUUUUAAAUGGAACAGAGAGCGGAGGCGUUUGCACAUUGAGGACCUGGAGGCUCGGAUCGCUCUCCUGCCUCUCCUACAGGCUGAACAUGACCGAAGGACGUUACGGAUGCUCCGGGAGAACCUGGAGGAGGAGGCCAUCAUCAUGAAGGAUGUGCCAGGCUGGAAGGUGGGUGAGAAUGUUUUCCACACAGACCGCUGGGUCACUCCGACUAACGAUGAGCUCUUUAACCUUCGACCUCAGGAGGAGCUUCUACACAAGAGGUUUGGCUUCCUGUGGUAUAUGUAAGCUGCAGCUCGGCCUGGAGGAUCUGAGGAUAGAAAAUCAUCCACCUGCGUCUAAUCUGCUCCGUUUGUGUGUGAGAGAGAGAGAGCGAGAGCGAGAGAGAGGCGCAAUGUGUUAAUGUUCAGACUGUAAAUGUUUCAAAUAUUAAAUACGUUUUCUUUGCUUCCCAAA